AUGCCGCGCGCCAACGAUGGCAGCAAGAAACCGCCGACGGCGGCCAUCAACCUCAUCGCCGGUGGCGGCGCCGGCAUGAUGGAGGCCCUCGCCUGUCAUCCCCUCGACACCAUCAAGGUCCGCAUGCAGCUCUCGCGACGCGCCCGCCAGCCCGGCGCCCCGAAGCGCGGCUUCGUCCGCACCGGCGUCGAAAUCGUCAAGCGCGAGACGCCCCUCGGUCUCUACAAGGGCCUCGGCGCCGUCCUCACCGGCAUCGUGCCCAAGAUGGCCAUCCGCUUCACCUCUUUCGAGUGGUACAAGCAGCUGCUCGCCGACAAGUCCACCGGCCUCGUCUCCGGCCGCGCCACCUUCCUCGCCGGCCUCGCCGCCGGCGUCACCGAGGCCGUCGCCGUCGUCACGCCCAUGGAGGUCAUCAAGAUCCGCCUCCAGGCCCAGCAUCACUCCAUGGCCGACCCCCUCGACAUCCCCAAGUACCGCAACGCCGCCCACGCCCUCUACACCGUCGUCCGCGAGGAGGGCUUCGGCGCCCUCUACCGCGGCGUCAGCCUCACCGCCCUGCGCCAGGGCUCCAACCAGGCCGUCAACUUCACCGCCUACGCCUACUUCAAGCAGUGGCUCAAGGACUUCCAGCCCGAGUACGCGUCCACGAACCUGCCGAGCUGGCAGACCACCGUCAUCGGUCUCGUCAGCGGAGCCAUGGGGCCCCUGAGCAACGCGCCCAUCGACACCAUCAAGACGCGCCUGCAGAAGACGCCCGCCGAACCGGGCGUGAGCGCGUGGACGAGGAUAAGCCGCAUCUCGACCGACAUGUUCAGGCAGGAAGGCUUCCACGCCUUCUACAAGGGCAUCACCCCGCGCAUCAUGCGCGUCGCCCCCGGCCAGGCCGUCACCUUUACCGUCUACGAGUUCCUCAAGGAGAAGCUCGAGCGGAGCAACUUUUCCGCCACCGGUGGCAAGUACGAGGAGUAG